CAACAUUUUUACGUCAUCGGAUGGACUUCGUACUUGUUGGAUUUUGUUUUUAUUAAUUUUAAAAUUUUAAUUUAUUCCAAUUAAUUAAGCUUUAAGUGUAGUUAAAAGUCAAUAAAUCAAAAUGUCUCGUGUGCUUGUUGGUGUUAAGAGAGUUAUCGAUUAUGCCGUAAAAAUCCGUGUAAAGCCAGACAAGUCUGGUGUGGUGACGGAUGGCGUGAAGCACUCCAUGAACCCCUUCGACGAGAUCGCCGUGGAGGAGGCGGUCCGCAUGAAGGAGAAGAAACUGGCCAGUGAGGUAGUGGCCGUGUCAUGCGGCCCCGCACAAGCACAAGAAACCCUCCGAACAGCAUUGGCCAUGGGUGCGGACAGAGCCAUCCAUGUGGAAGUAGCCGGUAAAGAGUACGAGACCCUCCAGCCCCUUCAUGUAGCUAAAAUCUUGGCUAAACUGUCUCAGGAUGAGAAAGCUGAUAUUAUCAUUGUUGGAAAACAGGCAAUUGAUGACGAUUCCAACCAGACCGCACAGAUGACUGCUGCGAUAUUAGACUGGCCACAGGGAACAUUCGCGUCCAAAGUAGAGAAGACCGACGCGGGCCUGACGGUGACGCGCGAGAUCGACGGCGGGCUGGAAGUCAUCAAGACAAAGCUGCCGGCCGUGCUCAGCGCAGACCUGCGCCUCAACGAGCCUCGAUAUGCCACAUUGCCCAACAUCAUGAAAGCCAAAAAGAAGCCACUGAAGAAGGUGACAGCCAAGGACCUCGGCAUCGACUUGGCGCCGAGGAUAAAGGUGGUUUCCGUGGAGGACCCGCCCGUGCGCCAGGCCGGAUCCGUGUUGCCCGAUGUGGACACCUUGGUGUCUAAGCUCAAGGAAGGUGGUCACGUUUGAAACCACCCCCGAAAUAGGUAGCUUAGGCUCACUCUGAUGACAUACAAAACUUAAUAUCCUAGCGUUUCUUCAGAGAUGCGCUAGAGUUGAAUUUAUGGUGAGCUUUCUCCCAAAAUCCUAAGUUUAUUGGGUUGGAAAUACUCGCCUUUUAUAGCAUCAAAAUCUUAUGAAGACUCCAGUCUUUGAACUUUUUCAUGAAAGUGAGCCUACUCUACUAAUAUUGUGCUAGUGUUCAUUGCAAAGAGAUCAUGUAUAUUGAGUAAGUGUGAACUGUAGAUGAAUUUGUUAAAUAAAUUAUACAUAUUUCCAAGUUA